GAUAACAAAUUCUAUUUCGAUAAAGCCUUUGGGAUUCUCUCUCUCUCUCUCGUCUCUUCUUCUCCGAUCGCUGCUUCUAGGGUUUGUUUUCUUCUUCUCUCUUUGUCUUCUUCACUAUUGUGAGAACUUGUCUGAGAUAGUUUUGUGAGUUUUGAGUUUCUGGGUUUGUUCGUAUCGAUUGGAAUCAAUCAGGGCAAGAUUAAAGUCGAUAACUUUGAAGGAUGAGGGACACGAAAGAGAUGGAAUUUUUCACAGAGUACGGUGACGCCAACCGAUACCGAAUCCUCGAAGUCAUCGGCAAAGGAAGCUACGGAGUUGUGUGCGCAGCCAUCGACACGCACACGGGAGAGAAAGUCGCAAUCAAGAAGAUCAAUGACAUCUUCGAACACAUCUCCGACGCGCUUCGGAUCCUCCGUGAGGUUAAGCUUCUUAGGCUCCUAAGGCAUCCGGAUAUAGUGGAGAUCAAAAGCAUCAUGCUUCCUCCUUCCAAGCGAGAGUUCAAAGACAUCUACGUUGUCUUUGAGCUCAUGGAAUCCGAUCUUCAUCAAGUUAUUAAAGCCAAUGAUGAUUUGACUCGCGAUCACCACCAGUUUUUCCUUUACCAGAUGCUUCGCGCCUUGAAGUUUAUGCAUACGGCUAAUGUUUAUCAUCGUGAUCUUAAGCCGAAGAAUAUACUGGCGAAUGCAAACAGCAAGUUGAAAGUUUGUGACUUUGGAUUGGCUAGAGUAGCGUUCAAUGAUACUCCUACAACAGUCUUGUGGACGGACUAUGUUGCCACAAGAUGGUACAGAGCGCCUGAGCUCUGUGGAUCAUUCUUUACUAAGUAUACUCCAGCUAUAGACAUAUGGAGCAUUGGUUGCAUAUUUGCAGAGGUACUAACAGGGAAGCCAUUGUUUCCUGGGAAAAACAUUUCUCAUCAGUUGGAGUUGAUUACUGAUCUUCUUGGCACACCAAAACUAGAGACUAUUUCUGGAGUUAGAAAUGAUAAAGCUAGAAAGUACUUGAGUGAAAUGAAGAAGAAAGAUCCUGUCACCUUCUCUCAAAAGUUCUCCAAAGCAGAUCCUUUAGCAAUCAGACUUUUGCAGAGGCUGUUGGCUUUCGAUCCAAAGGAUAGACCAACUGCUGCAGAGGCACUGGCUGAUCCUUACUUUAAGGGUCUUGCUAAGGUUGAGAGAGAACCUUCAUGUCAGCCAAUCUCGAAGAUGGAGUUUGAGUUUGAGAGAAGAAGGUUGACAAAGGAUGACAUUAGGGAACUUAUUUACAGGGAGAUACUGGAGUACCAUCCCCAGUUGCUCAAGGACUAUAUGAGCGGUUCUGAAGGAUCAAGUUUCGUAUAUCCUAGCGCCAUAGGACAUCUUAGGAAGCAGUUCAAUUACUUAGAGGAGAAUAGCAGUAGAAAUGGGCCGGUCAUACCUCUUGAGAGGAAGCACGUUUCACUUCCUCGGUCUACAGUUCAUUCAAGUGUAGUCCAUUCCACCAGUCAACCAAUUCCUGCAGGAACUAGAGCUUUAGGACCUCCUCCAAGAGUACCACCAUCUGGUAGAGCAGGACGUGUUGUGGAAUCAUCUGUUAGUUAUGAGAAUGGUAGGAACCUUAAAGAAGCUUACUUCAGAAGCGCGGUAUCAUCUCCUCACUGCUACUUCAAAGCAAACACCAUGAUGAACCCAAAUAACAGCAAGGUUGAGGCUUCUUUUCAGCCUAAACCACAAGAAUUUGUCACCGUACCGCCAGCUGCUAGGACUAACCAAACAAACGUGGAGAUUGUGAACCGCCCAAACCCUUAUUUCCAAUCACAAGUCCCUAAUAUAGAACAGUCAAGCAACAACAACAAUAUGGCCAUCGAUGCUAAGCUGUUGCAAGCACAAUCACAGUUUGGUCCAGCCGGAGCAGCAGCGGUUGCAGUAGCAGCACACAUGAACCUAUAGGCACAACUAUUUAGGGUCUCCGGUCCUAGUUUUUUGUGUAGAGUAUUAUUGGGCUAGGCUCUGAUUUCAACAACUUUCAAAUGAUAUAAUAAAAGACUCUGAUGUUGUAACUCGCAAGAUUUGGUUAGAUCA